AUGUCCUACUCACAAAGCAGUACGGGGUCGAACGGCAUGGCAUAUAACUUGCUGAAUGCCUCGCAAUCCCUCUCCUCCACGCCUCGUGCCACGCCCCCGCCCCCGAAAGGAGGAUCCCAGGCCUCCUCCUUCGGCAUUCCAAACGGCCUGCCCCGGGGUAGCUUCGGCGGAUACGAUGGCUCAAAUGACUACGACAAGCCGCAGAUCUACCGGGCUGUCUAUUCCAAUGUGUCCGUUUACGAAAUGGAAGUUAAUAACGUCGCUGUGAUGAAGCGGCGCUCCGACUCCUGGCUGAACGCAACCCAGAUCCUCAAAGUCGCCGGCGUUGUGAAAGCGAGACGAACCAAGACCCUGGAAAAAGAGAUCGCUGCCGGUGAACACGAGAAGGUACAGGGAGGCUAUGGGAAAUACCAAGGCACAUGGGUCAACUACCAGCGGGGGGUGGAAUUGUGCCGAGAGUACCACGUCGAAGAGAUGCUGCGACCGUUGCUGGAGUACGAUCAGAGCACCGAUGGCACCGGCGGCCCCUCACAGGGGACUCUGGACACGCCUACAAAGGAGCAGGCGAUGGCUGCCCAGCGAAAGAGGAUGUACAGUGGAGUUGAUAACCGGAGUAUGUCGCAGCCGCAACAGGGCACAUUCUUCCAAAAUAUCUCACGCACCGCGGCAACCGCCGUCAAUGCCCUCAGCAAGGCUCGAUUCGAUUCACCCAAUGCAAACAGCCGUCGGCCCAGCAUGGCUCGGAAGCCUUCGCAGCAGAUGAACAGCCAAGAGUCUAUGCCCUUCAGCAGCCAGCAGAGCAUGUACAGUGUUUCCGAUAGUGGAUUUGGGAGCCUACAAAACCGCUACCAGGGUCCCGAUGAUCAUGAUGAACAGGUAGAGCCGCCGCGCAAACGCAUGCGCUCUGCAUCACAACAUGGCCUACCGGCUGGCUUACAACGUGAGCCAUCCAACCUGUCCAUGCACGAACCUACGCCGACGGAGCCCAACGACUCCUUCUACCAAGACAUUGAUCUUCCGCCACCCCCGCCAGACAAUGGCCAAAAACGCGGUCUUGAGGCGCUGGCUCCAGCCUCGACUCCAGAAAGAUUCCAAAAGAUGAAGCUGAUCAUGACCUUAUUCCUUGACAAGCGGGCGAAGGAUUUCUCAAACCACCCAGCUCUGGUGCAGCUGACUGGACAUGACCUCGAAAUUCCUCUGGACGAGUAUCGAAACAACGCCCUGCAUUGGGCUGCGAUGCUUGCACGUAUGCCUCUGGUCAACGCACUUGUCGCCAAAGGGGUCAAUAUCUCGCGGACUAAUGGUGCCGGUGAAACGGCCCUGCAAAAGUCCGUGGGGACACGGAACAAUCUUGACUACCGCAGUUUCCCUCGUUUGCUGCAGGUGCUCGCUCCGACGAUCGACAUGGUCGACUACAGCGGACGAACCAUUCUGCAUCAUAUCGCCAUGAUGGCGGCUACGGGCGGUGGUGGCCAUGUGUCUGCAAAACAUUACCUCGAAUCGUUGCUGGAAUUCAUUGUGCGCCAUGGUGGUAUCGUGCCAACCACAAACGGGGACUCCACGAAUGGGUCUCACAACCCCGAUGUGAUCUCCUUGGGGCGGUUCAUCGCGGAGAUCGUCAAUCUACGCGAUGACCAGGGUGACACUGCCCUCAAUCUGGCGGGACGUGCUCGCUCGGUACUUGUCCCGCAGCUUCUGGAAGUGGGCGCAGACCCUCAUAUCCCCAAUCAUACUGGUCUUCGCCCGGCGGAUUAUGGGGUUGGUGUCGAUAUGGUUGACGGCGCCGCGCAGUCCCAGCAAGUGUCAGGUCGGAGCGACACGUUUAUUGAUCAGCUGGCAAAGUCCAAGAAGGAGAUCCUCGAUGCGACGAUAUCCCAGAUCAGCGCGAUGGUCGAAGAGGCCCUUGGUGGAAUAGACCGAAAGCUUGCCUCGAGUGUCUCUCAGAAACAAGAGAAAUUCGAUCACUGGCAUGCGAAAAUCCGCGAGGCGGCCAAGGCCCGACAGAUCGAGCAGAAGCAGCUCGAUGAGCUGAAGCGCAAGUCUUCAGACCGAGUGGAGUUUGACCGGCGCAUCAAGAACCUGGAGCGGUCUGCAGAGGCCUUGUUCACCACUAUCCAAAAUGAGGAUGGGUGUGAUCCGUCUAGAGAUGCUGUUUUGGGUGAUGCCGACCAAGACUCUGGGAUCGACAUCACCGUUUUCGAGACUUUAUUCUCCGACACAUUCGACCCGACGUCUGGGUUUUCCACAGAACAGACUGCAUUCCUAACCUCCUUGCCAGGCGAGGCGGUGCUCACGCAUCGCAACAAGUGCUACAAAGAAUUCAAUGGCGAGCUUCUGGCAGAGGUUGACGGUCUGAAAGCCAAGAACGCCGUGCUUGGCCAAAACUACCGCCGCAUGGUCAUGGCGUGCACGGGAUGGACAGCGGAGCAGGUGGACGAGGCUGCAGAGGGUCUGACCCAAUGUGUCAAGGAGUUGAACGACAAUCCCGUCCCGGAGGACGAGGCCAUCGAGAUUCUCAUGCGGGACCGUGGACAGGACUGGUAA